GAAAUGUCCCAGAGUAACUCAACUCAGCUGACCGAGUCCUUCACAGUACACACACACACUCUCUCUCUCUUAUCCCCAGUUCUGAAAAGUGGAAAGUUUGUGUCUCUGAAAUCUGUCUCGUAUCUAAAAUGGCCUCCUCCUUAUCAUCUCCUUCCUCUUCAUCCAAACCUCGCCAUAACCCAUCUCUGCGAUAGCAAGGUCACAUUUUUGCCUUCAUUUCACUGUAAAUUCUGUGUCUGUCUGUUUCUGUCAGUCUCUCGUUCUGUUUUGUUUGUGUGGGAGCAGUGUUGGAAUGGCUUCUACGCCGCCUCAGUGUUCAAUUACGGCCAACAAGCCGUACCAACAACACCAGUACCAGCAAAACCAGCACCAACACCACUUGAAAAACCAUCGCCAAAGCCAUCACCAAAGCCGCCACAAGGUCUCUCUCACAAAGCCUUUACCUGUACCUUUGCCAUCACCCUCACCUCGCAAUGCACCAAAGCCCUGUGCCAACACCCCCCCGAGCGCUUCCUUUUCUUCUCUCUGCCCCCAGAAAUCCGAGCUCUCCGGCGAGUUCUCAGGCCGCCGAUCCACCCGCUUCGUAUCCAAGAUGCAUCUGGGCCGGCCCAAGCCCUCCUCCAUGGCCUCUCGCCACACCCCUGCCGCCGAGGAGGCUCUCAUACAAUUAAUCCAGUUAGGUAUGAAGGAUGAUAACGGCCUUGAACGCGUGUUGCUUAAUUUUCAGUCUAAGCUUUGUGGUUCGGAUGACUAUAGUUUCUUGUUUAGAGAGCUAGGCAAUAGGGGGGAGUCUUGGAAAGCGAUUCAGUGUUUCGAAUUUGCUGUCCGAAAAGAGAGGAGAAGGAAUGAGCAAGGGAAAUUAGCAAGUUCUAUUAUUAGCGUUCUUGGCAGGUUAGGAAAAGUUGAUCUUGCUAGGGACGUUUUUGAGACGGCGAAGAGUAGGGGAUAUGGAAACACUGUUUAUACGUAUUCAGCUUUGAUUAAUGCGUAUGGGCGAUGUGGGUAUUGUGAUGAGGCGAUAAUGGUUUUCGACUUGAUGAAAAAGUUGGGGUUUUUUCCGAAUUUAGUUACUUAUAAUGCAGUGAUUGAUGCGUGUGGAAAAGGGGGCGUGGAGUACCCGAGGGUGGCAGAGAUUUUCAAUGAAAUGUCGAGAAAUAAUGUGCAGCCCGAUAGAAUUACCUAUAAUUCGCUUCUUGCGGUUUGUAGUAGAGUGGGAAUGUGGGAGAGGGCUCAGGCUUUGUUUAGUGAGAUGGUGGAAAGAGGCAUUGAUCAGGAUAUAUUUACAUACAAUACACUGUUGGAUGCGGUUUGUAAAGGGGCGCAGAUGGAUUUGGCACAUGAGAUUUUGUCGGAGAUGCCGGCAAAGAAUAUAUUACCCAAUGUGGUGACUUAUAGCACUAUGAUUGACGGGUAUGCUAAGCAUGGGAGAUUGGAAGAGGCACUGGGUUUAUUUAACGAAAUGAAGUUUUUGGAUAUUAAUUUGGAUAGGGUUUCGUAUAAUACUUUGCUUUCGAUUUAUGCAAAGCUCGGCAGGUUUGAGGAGGCUUUGAAUGUUUGCAAGGAGAUGGAGGAUUGUGGGAUAAAGAAGGAUGUUGUAACUUAUAAUGCUCUUCUCGGCAGUUAUGGGAAGCAGGGGAAUUAUGGUGUAGUUAGAAGAAUGUUUGCAGAGAUGAAAGCAGAACAGGUAUAUCCUAAUUUGUUAACAUAUUCAACAUUGAUUGAUGUGUUUUCAAAAGGUGGUUUGUACAGGGAGGCAAUGGAGGUCUUUAGAGAGUUUAAGCAGGCAGGGUUGAAAGCUGAUGUGGUUCUUUAUACUGCACUUAUUGAUGCUCUAUGUAAACAUGGGAUGGUGGAUUCUGCCAUUUCUUUGGUUGAUGAGAUGAUAGAGGAAGGGAUAAGGCCUAAUGUUGUCACUUACAAUUCCAUUAUUGAUGCUUUUGGUUGGGCUAGAGCUGCAGAAUGUCUAGUUGCUGCUGCUGCUGGAGCUGGCAAGAGGGAUAUUACAUCUCCAUCUUCAAUGGUUAUUAAGGAUGCCAUUGAUUUGGAGGUUGGAGAUAGGGAGGAUAAUCGAAUCAUUAAGAUGUUUGGGCAGCUGGCUGCUGAUAAAGUAGUUCACUUAAAGAAAGGUAAGAUGGUCAGGCAAGAGAUCUUGUGCAUUUUGGGAAUCUUUCAGAAGAUGCACGAGCUAAAAAUUAAGCCAAAUGUUGUCACCUUCUCGGCUAUAUUAAAUGCUUGCAGCCGGUGUAAUGUGCUUGAAGAUGCCUCAAUGUUAUUGGAGGAACUACGGUUGCUGGAUAAUCAGGUGUAUGGUGUAGCCCAUGGACUUCUUAUGGGCGACAGGGAAAAUGUAUGGAUUCAAGCUCAGUUCCUGUUUGAUGAAAUGAAGAUGAUGGACUCUUCAACUGCAUCUGCCUUUUAUAAUGCUCUGACUGAUAUGCUAUGGCACUUCGGUCAGAAAAAGGGAGCCCAACUAGUUGUGCUUGAAGGGAAGCGCCGAAAUGUGUGGGAGAGCACUUUCACUGAUUCUUGCUUAGAUUUGCAUCUGAUGUCUUCUGGAGCAGCACGCGCAAUGGUUCAUGCAUGGCUACUCAAUAUUCGAGCUGUUGUGUUUGAAGGCCGUGAGUUGCCAAAGUUAUUAAGCAUUUUGACGGGAUGGGGCAAACACAGCAAGGUAGUUGGCGAUGGAACGCUGAGACGAGCCAUUGAGGCACUCCUUACUGGGAUGGGUGCACCCUUUCGGGUUGCUGAGUAUAACAUAGGUAGGUUUAUAUCGACAGGAUCUGUGGUGGCUGCCUGGUUAAAGGACUCUGGCACUUUGAAGGUGCUUGUUCUUCAUGAUGAUAGAACUCAUCCCGAGGAUGCUAAGUUGGAUCAAAUCACCAAUUUGCAUGCACUCCCCUUAUAAAUACAGCUCUCUCUCUCUCUCUCUCAAACACACACACACACACACACGCACAGCUGGUAGUAGUUUAUAUCUUUGUAUCGGUAAAUUAUGCAACGUUUCCUCAGUUGUGUAUCAAACUAUACCUUUUUAAGGGGGCUAACUAAGUGGUUCAUAUAAGUUGACUUUGUGGAA